GAAUAGAAAAGGCGGAAGUGUACGGGUUAGGCAUGCGCCAAAUAUUUCCCGCGAAAAUUACAAUAUUUUUGUACUGCCUAGGAGCUUCAGAAAAUGGAGUCAAUUGAUUUGGAAAUGGGAGAUCUGUUUGAAGAUCAAAAUGAGGACAUUGAAGAAAUAACUGCACCGCCUCCAUUCCCUGAACUUGAGGAUAACCCAAUGAACGACAUGGCAACAGAAACUCAAGAAGAUGAAGAAGAAGGUGAAGAUGGCCAUGAUUUAUCUAAACUGAAAAACAUCAAAGCAGGUGCUGCCAAGAGGGUGGUGAAAAGACCACAACCAAAGAUGGAUUCAACCAGGUUAACAAGUGAUAAGGGAAUUCCACUUCUUCCCAAUUUAUUUAAAGAUGUCAAAUUUAAAGGAAGAGGACAUGAGGGUGAAGAUUUGCGCCGAAUGAUGCAGAUUUUAGAGCACUGGGGUCAUAGGUUAUUCCCUAAAAUGCCAUUUGAUGAGCUACUGGAGAGGUGUGAAAGACUUGGGGCUAAAAAGGAAGUACAGACGUGUGUGAAGAAGAUUCGCAGUGACAUGCCACUCAUGGAUGAUGAUUUUGUGUCAAGGAACUAUGAUAGUGGUGAUGAAGACGAUUCUAAAAAUAAAAAGGCUGCUGAUGAAGUGGAAGACAUGGAUGCAGAAGAAGCAUUUGAUGAAAUGAUGAGGCAAGAAGCAGCAAAGAAGCAGACUGCAAUGGAGUCUCUUCCUCCACAUUUAUCAGAUGGAGCAGUAAGCCCCGUUAGGCAAAAUAAUAGGCCACUGUCAACACCAUCUUCAAAGUCCAUGACUUGUGAACAGCUUGCUAGAAUGGAAAGGAACAAGCAACUCGCAAAGGAGAGAAGAAUGAGCAAAUUGAAGAACAAGGACUCGGCACCACAAUCAGAUCAACAGCAGCAACAUGUAGAAGAAAAUCAAUCAAACCCCUCCACUAACAUGUCAGAAAGUGUCCAAAAGCCUGCAGGUGAAGACAAUGCUGAUACAAGUAUUGAUCCAACCAAAUCACAGACAUUUGAAGACUUGGCAGAUGAUGAUGAUGACUUUCCAACAGAAAAUGAAAUUUUAUUUAGUUGUGGUGAUGUUUUGAAAAAUCAACAAGUGGAAGAAAAGAAUUCUGUGACAGAGGUCAACGACAAAGAGGCAUCACUGGAAAAGCCACAGACUGGGACAGACCAACAGACAGAAGAGGAGAUACUCGCAAGUCUUGAAGAAGAUGAAAAUGCAAUAAAUGAUAUACAAUCUAGUAUUCCAAAAUCUUCAGCAGACAAUGAAAAUGAAGAGACAGAACAUAAAAAUAGAGCCACUUUAAAGGACACCACAAACGUAGACCUUGAAACGGGUGUUGUUGUUUAAUAUUCUGAGGACUUUAAUAUACAUGUAUUGCUCAGUUCCAUACAAUUCUCAGAAAUUCACCAAUCCCUUUUCUUACACAGUAAAUGAGAGUAUGUUUUACUUAUAAUAUUUUGUUAUGUAAAUCAGACUUGUUGAAAUCUGAAUCUUUUACAAUCACAUUUGUAUCAUACCAUUAAUAUGAGUGGUACACAAAAAAUUAAAG